UUCGAUUGUCUACAUCACAGUUUGAACCAAUCUUAUGAGCUUUCAAACAAAUUAUAAAUCCAUUCAAAUGUGCAAUUACCAUUCAAAUGAGAUAGCAAACUUCCCUACUAGAUUUAUUUAUAACUUCUUAAAAAAAAAUUGAUCAAAUGAUUGGCUCUACAUUAAAAUAGAAAAUUCCACACCACCGAACGGUCUUAAACUCUAUUAUAACGAAAAUCGUACAUUUGAAUGAUUUUUUUUUUUUUUGAUGGGAUACAUUUGAAUGAUUUGAUCUAACUUUCCCUCACCACAAUUGUUUAUAAUUUUUCAUCAUGAAUAUUAUUCGAGUAGUUAUGUCAACAAUCGAAUGUGAAACUCUAAUUCGAACAAAUAUUUAUCUGUUCGAAUUUGUAAAAAACCGCUUUUAUGUUUUGGAAUGAAAUUUAAUCUUUAUCUCAAAAAACUAUUUUUAGGAAUGGAAUUUAAUUUGUCCAUAAAAGAUUUCAACCCUAAAAAUCAAAUUUCUUAUAGUGAUACAUGAACACUUGAAUAUUAAUAACUAAAUUUGGUUAGAAGUAAUCUUCGGAUCCCUUUCUCUCUUUUAAGUCCCAUCCCAAUUCGAAUGAAUUCAUAUUCUAUGCUGCAGGCUCAAAGAUUCUCCAAUGGUAUAUAUAUGCAUAUAUACAUGCAUGCAGAUCGACGAUCUCGCAUGGCUUCCCUCGUGCAAGAACAGUUGCACAUCAGCAUUUGCAUGAACAUGAUUUUAAGUGAUUUUCCGACAGUUCUAUAGGUUUUCACCGCAAGUUAUAUAUUCACAGAGAGUUGUGGAAAUUGGUACAUGCAAUGGACGUACUAGAUUGUUGAAAGGUUAAUUACAAACUACAUUGAAAUAUUGUGAUACAUUAGUUGGACGUGUUUUGGGAUAUUGAUAAAAUGCAGGAAGAAUAACAUUUCUCUUAACCCAAAUAAAAUGAAUCUUUGAUGCAUAAAAAAAGUUGCACCAUAUAUAGUUUCAGUUUUCCUGUCUCCGAAGUACUAUAAAUUCCUCUCCCAGUCUCCCUGCCAUAUGCCACAAGAAAUUAAUAUUCCCCUAUUGCCUCUCAAAACCAGUAUUCACACCACAGAUUUUCCACUUCCAUUAGUACUGUGGCAUCGAAAUCACAAAAGAAUACUGCCCCAAUGCUCCUCAUUCUUGCAUUCUUGGCAGUCUGGAUACUGACUUGCCACGCCCAGCUGCCACCACGAUCUGGGUUACUCCAGUCUCUGGUGACAUUUCCAGGGCAGACGAGAGAGUGCUGGUCACCUCUUGCUAAUAUAUCAGGAUGUCCUGAGGAAAUUUCUGGCUCACUUGUCAAUGGCCAAUUCAGCAUUACAGGGCCAGUUUGUUGCAAGGCCAUCAUGGAGAUUCCAGAUAAUUGCUGGACUAAAAUUAUUCCCUUCAAUCCAGUACUCUUCCCUACAUUGAUCAGAAACUCUUGUGCUAGAGGUGCAGCAGUUGAUCAUCCAGCACCUAAAGGAAUUGAACAUGUCCAGGCAAGAAAGCCAUCUGUUUCGGGGCUUUUACCUUUGCAACCUAUAAAUAGAGCUAUGAGGCAGUGCUGGUCUUCUCUUGCAAAUGUCCCAGGUUGUCUUCUGGAGGUUUUAAAUUCGCUUUUUACCGGUGAAAUUGGUGCUUAUGGCACCGCUUGUUGCGAAGCCAUUACUCGGAUUAGUGACAAUUGCUGGACUCAACUGUUCCCGUUUAACCCAUUUUUCCCUUCAUUGGUUAUAGAUUCUUGUGCAGCCGAUUCUUCAACUCCAGGAAUAGGUCCGACCAUGGCGGCCAAGCACUCUUCGUCAGGGCCGUCGACAUUACCUUUCCUAGGACUGUCACCUGCAAGGCAGUCUGGGCAAGAUAUUGCGCGGUGCUGGUCUUCUCUUUCAAGUAUAGAAGGUUGCGUUUCUGAUAUAUAUGGGUCACUUUCGAGGGGCCAGUUUAGAGGUAUUGGUACUGCCUGUUGCAGAGCCAUCACUGAUGUCAAUGAAAUUUGCUGGCCACAGAUGUUCCCAUUCAACCCACUUUUCCCUCCAUUGCUCUAUGCUAAUUGUGCAUCGAUUGGUGGGGAAGCACCAGCACCUACUGGAAUUUGAAUCUCCAUGCCACCAAGAGCUGUACCAGGAUCAUUGUCUUUCUUUCUUUUUCCUUUGUGUCCUCCCCUCUUCGGUUUAUCGAGGAAGAUGUUUCCUUGAGUGGGCAGUUCAGGUUUUGUCAUCCGAAUCUAAUAAAAUGAACAUAUUUCAGUGAGCAUUCUAGUAGUUGCAGGUAAUUCUCUGUAUAUAUGAAGCUUAUAAAUUAAAUUGCAGAAAUUGCAGUGUUGCAUGCG